CAGACAGACAGCAGAGAGGGCGCAGAUUAUCUCCCGGGGUUUAUCCACACUUCUCGGUCGCAGCUCGUCAGAUUUCUUUUGCCCAGGACGAAGAACAACAUGGCUUUAACCCAAGAAUCCAUAUUGUCUUUUUUAUUGGAGCACGGAGGGAAAGUUAAGAACUCGGAGCUGGUGAACAAUUUCAGGAGUGAGAUCAACUGCAGUGAUCCCGCGGAAAAGCAGCACAAUAGAGACCUUUUCAAGAGGCUGGUGAACAGCGUGGCUGUGGUCAAACAGAUCGACGAGGUGAAGUUUGUGGUGGUGAAGAAAAGGUACCAGGACUUCGUCAAAGACGGAGCGCAUGAUGCGCACAAAACUCAGAUGGUGGACACUUUCCACAGCACGAGCUUUUCGUCCACACACAGAGACGAGGCGGACAGCGUGAUUUAUUCAGAUAUUCAAAACAACAAUGUAGACUUUUCACAAAACAUAAACUAUAAUAACAGUUAUGGUGAUGCCAAACGUGUGUCUGUGGGGAAGGGAGGGGGCUCUUUUAGCACUGCUGUGGACACGAGCACUGUCAAAGUCCUGAACAUCUCUGCAGAUCAUGUGAGCAGAGCAGGGAAAUCUGGAGCUGUGUUUGCUGUCAUAGCAGUAAAAUCCCCAACAAGAGACUGUGAUCCAGUAGCACGAGAUGGAUCACAUUUGCGUCAGCAGAAAGCUUUGGAAAGUGAAGCUUGUGUGAUGCCAACUCUCACCUCUCCUGCUUGUAAGAGGGAUGCACUGAAUGACAACCAGUGCCGUAAAACGCCCAGACAUACAGAGGACACCCACCCACCAGGGUUUUCACCGGUGAGGCCCCAAAGUAGGACCUUGAGACCAGCAGCAGAUGAUGCCAAGUACUCUGAGUCUGUGCCUUUGGAGCCAUUAGCUCAUGAGUGGUUGGUGAAGUGUGCUGCUGGACUGUGGGGACAAAUCCACGCUUUGCUGCUGCGGGACACACGGUUGGCACAAAAGAAGGACUUCAUGUCUGGCUUCACAGCACUACACUGGGCCGCCAAGGACGGCAACAGUGAGGUGAUACGUAAGCUGAUGGACGUCUCCAGGAGAAGAGGCACUGACCUCAACGUCAACAGCAAAACCCAUGGAGGGUACACGCCUUUACACAUCGCGGCCAUGCACGGACACACUGAGGUGAUGGUUUUGCUUGUGCAAAGGUAUGGGGCGAGUGUUAAUGAAAGGGACAACGCAGGCAAGAAGGCCUUCCACUACCUGGGUCAAGGUGUGUCAGCUGACACCAGAGCACUUUUGGGGGGACUGCAGCAGAGCAGGUUCGGGGAGAAGACGGGGGAGGACGAUUACAGGGAUCACAGCAAAGGCUUCAGCACUAUUAGUAAACUGUUCCAGCCUCACAUGGGGAGGAAACACAAGACAGCAACAAAGUGUGCUCAUGACUGGUGAGAAUCAUCAAGCUGUGAGACAAACUGUUGAAGUUGUAAAAGAUAAUACUGCCUUCAUUUGUAUAGUUAUGAUAAUAAUCAACAACUAUUGUUUAAUAUGCUGUUGCUCACUUUUCAAAACGUGUCUCUCACUUCUGGAUUAAAUAUUUAUGACUGGUAUUUACAAUCUGAUUAUGUUCUUUCAGUGAUUUAUCACCCUGUAGUAGUUAUACUGUAUAUAUGUUCAUUACUGGAUUUGUUUGAUAAAUCUUUAAAUAGUUGAGGAAGUGUACGACAGGACAGACCAUUCCUCAGAAACAUUUCUGUACAACUGAACUAUUCCAAUCAUUUUUAAAAAAAAAUCAAAUCAGUUAUUUAAAGAAAACAUGAAAAUGUUUAAUGUAGAAUUAACUGAUGUCGACUUUAACAGUUUGAGAGGAUAUCUCUGUACUUCAGUAAAAUCAGUGGGGCACUAAGUGGGGCCAGUUGCAGGCGAGUGGUCAGGUUAGUGGAAUGUCUCCUUUAUCAGGCUCUUUGUGAACUUGAGGUUUUAAUGGAUGAGCUUCCCUUCGUGAAACCACAUGGGGCCCCUUUUUGGAUUGCUGUGGUGGAAAACACAAAACCACAUAGUAAUCGUUCAGUACAACUAAGUUCAACACUAAGAAGCUGAUCUUUGAAAAAAACAAACAAACUGUGGUUUUCAAACUUCUUCAAAAUCAACUGUACAAACAUAACUUAUGUGGAACCCAAACACAGAUUUACUCAAUCACAGUUUAAUGUUUGAGUGACUGAAUAACCUUCAUAUAUCACAUAUGCACAGAAAGUUUUAAUCUUCUUCUGACCCAGAGAGUUAAAAUCCCUGAUGACACAAACAGAGUUGAAUCUCAGACAAUGAAGCCACAAGUGAAACUGCACCAGAACAAUGUGCUUUGUCUUGUUAUAUGGAAAACAAGCGGUGUGCAGCAGCAACAACAGACAGCUGCACUCAUCAGCAACUAUAUUCAUUAUAAUCCUUAUCUGUUUUUUAUCACACAACAAAAACUUUUCUUGCAAAGUAUGCUCUGCGAAUGGAAAAGGAAAAGCAGCACAGGGGAGGUUUCCUAUCUAUUAUUUGAUCCUCUGGACAAAGUUUCCAAACUUCAGAGUCUUUUCAACAAUAGUGUGAUGUGGUCCAGGUCCUGUGUCAUUUCCUGUGAGAGCAAAAUGCUCAAAUGUGUGGUCAACUAACAGUAGCAGCAAAACAGAAAAAGAGAUUGUGUUUAUGUAGCUUUAUGUUUUAUCUGAAGUCCAUCUGGACGUUUAAAAAAAAAGACUUCGCCACACAAAACAAAGGCUUGUGCUGAACAAAUUAAACUGUACAUUGCUGGUAAAUUAGUUUGCUUGUUGUUAGAGGAUUAAGUGCUGAUAAAACCAACUCUGGUAGGUCAUUUAUCCAUUCUAUGAUAGUACCAACUGAAUAUUUAAAUACUUGAGAUACUUGAAGGUUAGCUGGUAGAGAAUUCAUUGUGGUCCUUUCAGUUGUAGUUUAUAAUUAAAGUCAGUAGAGGGCAAUCCACUACCAUCAUCACAGAAUUCAGCCACGCAAAGGUUGUUUUUUACCCUGAUACUAGUCAGUAUUAGUAGACAAAACAUGAAACUAUGGGCUCAAGAUUGUAAAAAAACAACAUGCCAAAUAAGAAAGUGCAAAGUUAACACAGGUAACAUGGCAGAAAUUAAUAUAAUAUGAUUAUUAUUUAUGGUUGUAUGACAACUUUCUGUUUUUCAUCUAUCGUAGGGGGUUCUAUGGGUUCUACUAGCAUAGAACCUACAGCACUUAAGCACAGUGAAUGUCAUAUAAUUUAAGACUUUUACUUAAGUAAUAUUAUAAGAUACUGGUAAGAUACUUG